AUGACAAGAAAAAAACAGAAAGUUAGCUGCUUUGAUUUUCUUUCAGACGACAUCCUUAUAGAAAUCCUCAAAAGGCUUCCUGAUGAUUUCCUUCGUUAUAAAGCUAAGCACAUUUGCAGACGAUUUUUCAAUGUAAUCACCAAUGGACUCUUACUAGACCACACUUCCUUUAUCUUCCAAGAACUCGGUAAACCCACAGUGCGACAUGUAGACAUAAGAGAAGAACAACAAGAGCUAGAACUAAAAGAGAAAAACCUGGAUUUACCUAAGAAAGGAUGGGUAAUGUCAUGGUGUAACGAGUUUCUUCUGAUAACAAAUCAAGAAAGAAAAGAAUACGUUUUUAACCUAAUCACAAAGGAAGGAUCAUAUCUUCCUUCAUGCACAUAUUGCAGAGGACGCUACACUUACGAAUGUGGAGUUUCCCUUUCUUUUGAUGGAUUUAAAGGAGUACACAAAGUGCUUCACAUGUUUAUAGGUCCACCAAUGCAAUGUCAUAUUCUUAUCUUGAAAAGAAACAUUCUCUCUCGUUUCUCCUCAAAGUGGAAAAAGAUCGAAAUACCUUCUUGUACGGAUGAAGGAUGGGGUUCAUGGGGUUACCCUGUUUCAGUUCAAGCGAGAUACAUUCACUGGGAUGUUCAUGGUGAUGGUGGAUACCUGGUUUCCAUGGAUAUGGUGAAAGAGAAGAUGAUCCGAAUGAGUCUUCCUAUACCUGAAUCUAGUUUCAGAUACACUGUUUUUGAAAUGGGUGGUUUUCUCACUCUUAUUCAUCAAGUUUCCUUCGAACAAACUGACAUGUGGAUUCUUAAAGAUUUUGAGAAGAUGAAGUGGGAGAAGUUGGAGUUAACUGUUCCGAAUUGCUUUUUUGGAGAAUACGAUGAUUUUCUUAUAACACCUAUGUCUAGUUUGAUAAGUAAGAGAUAUAUGAUGUGCAUGAAAACUGCUAUUCGGAAUUGUGGUGUGUGUAGUUAUGAUCUUAAACAUGGAGUUGUGAAAAAACUAGACAUUGACUUCGGUCAAAAUGAUCGUUGUGUGGUUUAUUCUUCAUCACCAAGUUUUAUAUAG